CUUCGCACCAACGGCUUAGAAUUCAAAAUUUGAAUAUUCGUGAAGAUCACGUGAUAUUACGUGUUGGGUAGAUCUGUACUCGAAGCGUAUAACCUUUGAUCCGACGGCCCAGAAUAUCGCGUCAGGCCUAAGCUACAUACAGCUUUGUUCUUAGGUUUUCCGGAAUACCCUCUCCACUCCGUAUAUAAAGUCUCCUAAAUCUUCGAAAUCUCUCUAGAACUAUCACUCCGCAUUCGCUGAUUCCUCCUGAUCACUACCGUCUCUUCUCUAAACCGCGACGCCAUGGCACUUCCAAAUCAGCAGACAGUUGAUUACCCGAGCUUUAAGCUUGUAAUUGUCGGCGAUGGUGGUACCGGCAAAACAACUUUUGUCAAGAGGCACCUUACUGGUGAAUUUGAGAAGAAGUAUGAACCCACUAUUGGUGUGGAGGUUCAUCCAUUGGACUUCUCCACAAACCUUGGGAAAAUUCGGUUUUACUGCUGGGAUACUGCAGGCCAGGAAAAGUUUGGAGGUCUUAGGGAUGGUUAUUACAUCCAUGGACAGUGUGCUAUUAUAAUGUUUGAUGUUACUGCUAGAUUAACGUACAAGAAUGUGCCUACAUGGCACCGUGAUCUAUGCCGGGUGUGUGAGAAUAUUCCAAUUGUCCUCUGUGGAAACAAGGUUGAUGUCAAGAACAGGCAAGUGAAAGCAAAGCAGGUUACUUUCCACAGGAAGAAGAAUUUGCAGUACUAUGAAAUCUCUGCAAAGAGUAAUUAUAACUUUGAGAAGCCUUUCCUCUAUCUUGCUCGGAAACUUGCUGGGGAACCAAACCUGCAAUUUGUUGAAGCUGUUGCCCUUGCUCCUCCUGAAGUCCAGAUUGAUAUGGAGGCUCAAAAAAGGCAAGAGGAAGAACUUCUAAAUGCUGCAGCACAGCCACUCCCUGAUGAUGAUGAUGAUGCCUUUGAGUGAUUUGCUUUCAUCCAAUGAGUCGUUUCUGUGGGGUUGGUGUAGCAAGCUCCGGCAAAAGUACUUUUGGUGAGGAAUACGGAUGAUGUGUGAUGAGGUUUCAAACUGGUUUUUGGCUCAUUUAAUAUUAUUAUAUGUGGGAAGGAAGUACAUGAAACUUAUAUUCAUGUCCUUCCUAAUUAGUGUGGAUCUGUGUAUGAUUUUGGAUAUACUCUGAAAUAUCUUGCAAGGAUUUAUGUUGAGCAAUUCUCGAUUUGGGAUUUUCUGAAGGCUGAUUUUAUCUGAGCCCAUUCCUUAAAUUAUCAAACCAUUUGCAUGAA